AUGCCAUCCUGGUAUUAUUAUGAUCCUCACAACGACUCUUCCCAUGACUCCGACUCUGAUUCGAGCGGAUCAUCCAGCCAAAGUAACAUUCGGUCGCGAAAUCAUAUCCAGUGGAUGGCAGCCAUCAGGGGAACUUCGCUGCCCGACAGCUUAGACUGCAACGAGGGACGAUGGGCUGCUAUCCGUGGCAUCCGCUGCCAUUAUAAGUUUGCCACCAGCGAUGCUGUCGAGGAUUUAUGCACUCUCUACCCUGAGCUCGCGCGCGCACGCAACGCCCGCCUAAUUAUGAGCAACCAAGUCCCCGAGCCUCACCAGCUCGAGGAUCCCAGCCAUGUGCCAUACUGCAUCUGGUAUCCGGACUUUGCACAAGAAGAGACCUACCGCGAAGUAGCUCGUCGCUAUCCAAGCUUGCGCUACCAGGUGGGAAGAGCAUGUGCCGCUGCUGGAUACGUUAGUCUCUACCAGGAGCUGGACCUUCUUUCGGACGUGUCUAUUGCCGAAGAGGCUCGAGAAAGUGGCGCGGACGGGGCCCAAGAGAUCUAUAAUAUAAUUAUGGCGUCUCCAAUUCGAUACGCAGUAAUGAAUGAUCUGCACCGCUCUUUGCACCCACAUACAAAGACCCCAGCGUAUUUAAAUGGCGACACGGUUGUCCGCUGGAUGUUGGAGGCGCGAUAUCAUGUAUGUCUUGCGUUGCCUAUCUAUCCAGAUAUUGAGGAGGAUGGUAGCGUUGGAGAGGAGAAGGUGGAACUACCACAUUGGCGGUAUCAAUAUACAUAUAAGGAAGCCAAGUUACUUUUUACUCCACUACCUCUUGAUCUCCCGACCAUGAAAAAGGACCUGCUGAUCCAGAUGGCGGCCUACGAAGGCAAUUUCGACCGAUAUGCACGACUAAUGCGCCCAGGCUAUAUGCAAGACGAGGAAUUACACUGUGUGGUCCGCGGGAUAUACCAUAACACCAUGUUCGCGCGCUGGUGGGCCGAACAGCUCAAGGUCAACCGAGAUCGCAUCAGGCUUCGUGGGAAUAGCCAGGAAGCAAUCUGGAUGAUAAGUCAGGCCGUUAAUGCUCGUCGCGUGAUGAUCAACGAUAUAUAG